AUGGUCCAGGAGCUGGAAUUAGACGGCUGGGACACAGCGGCCACUUGCGAAUUCCACGGCUAUCCAACAAAGGUUGAUUAUGACAGCGAUGUCAUGGAGCCGCUAGUCCGAGAAGCAAGUGGUGACAGUGACCGGCAAAAGAGCUGGAUCAGUGAUCUCGAACGUGGAAUCACGGAUGCCUGGCUAGCACUACUCAUUCCUAAAUUGUCCAAUCUACGGAAGAUCAGCUUGACCUGGAAUUUUGAGGCACUCUAUGUCUCUAAAAUGUUCGCCGAAGCUGCCAAAGCAGAGACUCCCGUCUUCUCGCAUCUUGAAGAGGCCUACGCAGCGCACUGGGACACCGAAGGUGGCGCAGACACGGAACUGAUGCUGCCGUUCUUCAAGUUCCCUGCCAUGCGAAAGAUAGGUGGUUUCAGGCUCUGUGAUGGGUUUGAGUGGGAUGAGAAUGGAAAUGCAGAGAAUUCAUUGCGCCAUAUAGAAAUUGGUUGCUCAAGUGUCACUGACAUUGAUUUGGAUAUAACCAACGCGACGGACGGACUGCAGUCUUGGAUACGGUCUUGCAAGGUGUUAAAAUCUUUCCGAAUCAGGGACGGCGGAUCCAAUAUAUCGUAUGAGCCACCUAAUCAGCGAAGACUUUAUGAGGCCCUUUUAUUGCAUAAAACGACAUUGCAAGCAGUCUCAAUUAGUGAUGACCUGGACCCUGAUGAGAAUGAGAACUCAUUCAUGGGUGCCUUUGCGGACUUUACGAACUUGAAAACUCUACAUGUUCCCUGCACAGGUAUUGUGGAAAGAGAUGAUGAAGACAUGCCGACGCAGGGUUUGAUAGAGGCGCUUCCAUCUUCGCUGGAGCUUUUAUCCCUGUACGCCCCUUAUGGGGCGUUGCUUGAGUGGGUGAUUGAACAAUGUGACCUCUUGCUGGAUUCGAACGUCUGUCCGAAUCUCAAGACCAUUUGCAUUGAAAGCUCCAGCUUUAGUAAAGCCGAAAUCAGUCCGAAGAUAGAGGAACUGGAGCGCCGAUGUCAGGAUGGAAAUGUGUCAAUGCGGACUUUCAAACCCGAAUCUUUGGAAGCAGCAGCAUUCUGGGACUCUAUUUGGCCUGUCGAUCACAUCUUUGUUCGAUUAUGA